CACAUAACAUCACCUAAUUGUAUUUCAUAAGUGUGCAGACAGAUAAUGUAGAAUAAUAUAUGUGUAUAUGUAUUAUUCGCAAAAUACCAUUGAAAUAAUAAAUUGAAAUCUAUGCGCAUAUAUAUUUACUUUCCCCUUUUGUUCAACUAAUGAUCCUGUUACCUAUAGAACUACACAAACACAUAAAUGCAUACUUACACCAUAUCAUAAACUACAGUUCAAGAUGUCUGGACAACUAAACAUUUAUUAAAACAUUUGGAAACAUUAUUCAUAUUCGGUGAAAAAUGCGAUAAAAAUAACAUAUUACCCUAUCAUCUAUUAAAGCCCAUAGAUUGUAUAACAUUUUACAAGAAUGAAUAUCAUUAUGCUACCAAUGUAUAUAUAGACAUAUACAUACACAUAGGUGAUAAAAUUUACAGUGGCAAUAGAAGUGAAUGUUGUAGACAAAUCAACACACAUAACAACGCAUUCUUAUGUAUACUAUGAAAUAAAUUCUAAAAUAUAAAUUGUGUUUCUUUGGCACAAAAAUGAAAGUGAUUCUUAAGUAGUAUAAGAAAUAUAUUAGAAAGAAAAUAACUCAUAGUAUUUGAUUCAUUUUAUUACUGCUUAUCUACCUAUACUUCAUUUCAUCUUUUUCUCUCAUUCAUAUACAUUUAAAUGUGUACAUAAAUCCAUUCAAAGAAUCUCAAUUGUACAUUUCCUAACUAAUGUGAUAGGGAUGUAUACAUACGAUACAUAAAAAUUAACAUUCCAUUAACCUGGAAUCGAAGUCUAAUUCUUCAGUCAUAAGUAUAUAGAAAAAGUGUCUCACUAAAGAAAACAAAUAUAGAAAAAAAAGAUAAAUAGCCAACUGCUAUACAAUAACAGUAGACAAAAUUAGUCUACACUUAUACAAAAUGUAAUGUAUGUACAUGUUUGUUUGUUUUUUCUAAUGUGUGAAUGUUUUGUGCAUAAAAUUCAUUUAUUUAUCUAGAAAACAAAAGUAUCUUCAUAUUACUAUGAUAAUGUCUAUCAUCUUAUAACAAAAAUAAGAAUAACAAUUACACUAACUAGUCAGUAUGCUUAUCAAAUACAUAUACUACUACUACUACUAUUAAUACUACUACUAACAACAUUAUUAAAAAUAUAAUGUCAGUCAUACUUAUAUAUAUAGACGUUUGAUCAUUUAAAUGUUGACAUAUUGUUGACCUAUAUGAAUUUCACAAUAAAGAAACAAUUUAAAAUACAUAUUCCAUUAUAACUAUUGUUACUAGGAGUUACGUAAUCGUUGUUUUUCUUGUUUAUACAUACAAGAUAAGAUUCUACAUCUUUAUCAAAAUAUUUUAAAAAAAAAUAAUAAAUAAAUAAACAACUACACAAUCUUCAUUUAAUCUUCAUGAAAUAAGUAACUAAGAAAGAAAGAAAGAAAAAAAACAGAAAAAAAGAAAAAAAAAUUAAAAUUGAUUAUGCCAUUUAUUACAAAGUUGAACUAUUUAUUAAUUAUAACAGAUCAACUAUUUCUUUUAUAUAAACAAAAAUCCAAAUUUUUUGGAAUUAUAUUAUCAUUAUUAUUAUUUCAAUUAAUGAUUAAUUUAAUGAAUCCAGUUCAAGGAAUAAAAUGGUUAGGUAUAUACAGAUUACCAAAAAGUGCAGAUCAUCCAGUGGAUUCGACAGCUGAUCGAUUUACUCCAGAUGAAUGUCAAAAAGCUGCUAAUAAAUUAGGUCUUCGAAGAAGACAAGCACGAUUUUGUAUGCAUCCACGUUUUGGUUAUGCAAUGCUUGCUGUACUUAGAGCUGCACAUGCUGUUGGAUAUCAUUGUCCAAAAACAUUUUCAGAUAGACGAUGGAAUUGUACUUCUAUACAUCAAUUACCGCAUGUAUCACCAGAGUUAAGAAGAGGUACACGUGAACAAGCAAUUGUACAUGCAUUUGCAAGUUCUGUAUUAUUAUUUGAAAUUGGACGAUAUUGUGCAUUGAAUAAAAUUCGAUAUUGUUCUUGUGGUGAUGAAGAUGGCAGUUAUGCUACACCAAAUUAUCCUUCAUCUCAUAUAUAUAAAAAUAAUAAUUUACUUAGACAACAUCAUUCACAAACUUUGUAUAAUGAUAAUAAUAAUGCAUUAGUAUAUAAUUCCGAUGGUCAUUCAAUGAAUUCCAUUGAUACAUCUAAAUCAAACAAUAUACCAAUGACAGAUGGUCAACCAACAGUUAGUAAAUUUUAUUGGGCUGGUUGUUCUGAUAAUUUGCGUACAGCUAAAGAAUAUACAUCAUUAUUUCUUGGUUUUCCAAAUGUACAUGUAAUGUUACCUCCACCAAUAGAAACAGAUAAUCCUAAUUUAGAUACAAUACAUGAUAUGAAUAAUCAAAAUCGUUAUAAAAGAUCAACAUAUUCUUCACAAGUUACAGAAAGUAAUUAUGAUACAACACAAUUAACUGAUAUGUUUAGUUUGUUUCAAAAUCAAAUCAAUGUUAAUGAGAAUAUAGACGAUAGAGUUAGAGAAGAAGAUGUAGAUGAAGAAACUGAAGAAAAUGAAGAAGAGGAUGACAGUGAAAUAGAUGAUUCAGAAUUAUUCUAUUUACAACAUGAAUAUACGGAUAGACGACGUCGUAAUCUACAUAAAAAAUGGUCAUAUCAAUCUACAGCACAAACCAACAAAUAUCCGUCAUACAAUUCAGCACAACAAAUGUAUGAUUCAGUAGAUGAUAAUGAUGAAAGAUUACCACGACAUCCUAGAUCAAAACAAGGUAGAAAAAAAUCCGUAUUACGUAAUUUAAAUCGUCAUAAUUAUCUAGCAGGUGUAGUAUUAAUGGAAGCUAAUCAAAAACUGGUAUGUAAAUGUCAUGGAGUUAGUGGUAGUUGUGCUCAACGCGUUUGCUUUCGUCAACUUCGACGAAUCGAUACAGAAUUAAUGCAGAAAGCAUUAAAAAUGAGAUACUUAGCAGCCAAACAGGUUUCGGAAGGUAAAAAUGGUGAAUUAAUCGCCAAAACAUUUAUUGGUAAUGGAUUUAUCGAUGAAGUAGUAAAACCUGAAGAAUUGGUAUUUAGUGAACAUUCACCAGAUUACUGUAAUGUAGAACCUCAAAGAGGUUCUGUUGGUACACGAGAUAGAAUUUGUACAUUGAAAGAUACGGGGACAUCAAAUUGUGUGAAUAUGUGUUGUGGUCGUGGUUACAGAAAUGUGACUAAACGAGAAAUUGUUCAAUGCAACUGUCGAAUGGCCAAUGGAUUCAAAGUGCAAUGUGAUGAAUGUAAUAUUGAAACUGUAACUCAGAGAUGUUUAUGAAUGCACUUAGCAACUUAUUAGAUGUUAAAUACCGAAGGAAAUUCUCCAGGGUCAUGAUUUAAAUCAGCGAGAACAAUUUCAUGAUAGCAGGCUAUGCAUGUGGUGUACACAUCUUAUGUUUUUAAUUUUCUUAAAAAUACUGUACUACUUAAAAAUUGUAAGUAAUUUAUUAUGGAACCAUUAUAUUUAGACCAUAUCAAUCACGGUUAUGUACAUAUAUCUUUCUAACUUUGCAUGCUAAGCCAAAUCCAUGUUACUUAUUAUGCUAAAAAAACACGCCAACCAA